AUGCCGCGCGACUUUCGUCCCAAGAGCCGGAGCGGCGCUGCUUCGAAGCGAGCAGCGGCUCCUAAGAAAGGCGCGGGAAGUCACGAUCAUGAUGAGGACAACAUUUCGGAAGACGUGCUGCGUCGUGAGGUCCAGGCGCUGGGCGGCACUGACGAUGAUAUUGCAUUGAUCCAGGGAAAGGGCCACGAGCCCUCCCGCCCUCUCACGGUACGCGCACACCUCUUACGCCAGGACUCGGAGCUGUCUAAGGAGCUUCAAGCCUUUAUGGCCAAAGAAAACAUGCCUUUUUCUGCCCCUGAACCAUCCCGAAAGGGCAGCGUGGCGCAGUCUCCUAAAGGCGAAGCCAACCCGAAGGGUGAAGCCAAGAAUGAGGCUAAGAGCAAGGCUAGGGAUGCCAAAAUUCCCAAGAAAAUACGAGAAUCUCGUCCCCAGGAUCCAGAGGGGCACGCUCCUGAAAAGCCUCAGCGCGAGCCCAAGCGCGAGACCAGGCGUCCCAAUGUAUCCCAGGCACCUGCCUCCGCCUCUCGUCAUGUGGUAUUUGAUGGCGAUGAACCUAAACCUGUUAUUCGCUCGGAGCUUAGGCUUCUUAUUGAGCCGACGUCUGACUGGACGCACCUGCCACUACCAGAGAUCGACGCCAAGCCGUUGUCUAUCGUGCCAGAGACAUUGGUUUCUUCUCUGCAGGAGCUGGGCAAGGAGGUGCUUGCCGUCGAGAACGACACAUACUCACGGAUGGCAUCUGGUGAAGCGGGAAAAAAUGUGAUCCUGGGCUCGCUCAACUUCUCUGACCUGCAGUUUGCACGCACGCUGCUGACCUCCAGCAAAGCCAGUACACUGUCGGACCGCAUUUCUGCCGUGACGUUAUUGCUUCAAAGCAGCCCGAUCCACAACCUCAAAGCGCUUGAUACGCUCAUGACCAUGGCGGGCAAGCCGGGCCGCGAAGAAGCAAGUCGUGCCACACGCGCGCUGGCCGAUUGGCUCGCCAGCGGCGGUGGCCUCGGCAACGACAAGCUGCAUUACUUCCGAGACCAGCCCCUGCUUCCUCAGGUGGCAGCCGCGCACCAGGCGGGUGUUUCGGAUGCGAUUCGGCAACAUGUAGGUGCCUGGGCUUUUGAAGACCUAUUGAAACGCACCUACUUUACUUUUGUACAGAUCCUGGAGCGACAGUCUCACGACACACUUUUGUUUAUGCGCCGCCAGGCAGUCUCACAGGUGUUUGUGCUUUUACGCGACAAGGCUGAACAAGAGCACAAUCUGCUGCGUCUUUUGACGAACAAGCUGGGUGACCCUGACCGCAGUGUGGCUUCCAAGGCAAGCACGCAUCUGAUGGAGCUCUUGCAAGUACAUCCUGCCAUGAAGGCUAUUGUGCUGCGGGAGAUAAGCGAGACAGUCCUACAGUCGCAGGUGACCUCGCAUCGCUCGCGUAAUGCAGAGGCGCCAGGUAAAACCAACCAGCAUGCUACCUACUAUGGCGUUCUUACUAUGAACCAGACCUUGUUUACGGCCCACGAUGCGCCGCUGGCCAACGAAAUUUUUUCUGUGUAUUUCCAGCUCUUUGAGGUCUGCUUGAAGCAGGACGAUGAAACGGAGGAACCCGAGGAUGCAGAGAGCAAGACAAAAGACAAGAAACGCUGGCGCGAUCGGAACAAGAGCUCAGUACCAGCGACACAGAACAAGGGUGCCACGGAUGUCCAUGGUCGCCUAUUGGCCGCAAUUUUGACAGGUAUUCGCCGUGUGUUUCCUUUUACGACGCUAGACACGGACGCCCUUGACAGUCAUUUGGAGACCUUGUUCCGCAUUACACACACGCACUCCUUCAACAUCUCUAUCCAAGCGCUGCAACUGAUCUACCAGGUGGCCAUUGCAAUUCCUAUACAUGGUGAGACGGCCCGUGGCUUUUCAUCCAAGGUAUCGGAUCGCUACUACCGCACACUGUAUGAGUCUAUGCUCGACUCACGUCUUGCCACGACAAGCAAGCAAGCGAUGUACUUGAACCUUGUGUACAAGUCGAUCAAAUCGGACGAUGACCUAGAGCGUGUCAAGGCCAUGAUCAAGCGGCUGUGCCAGAUUCUGAAUAUGCAGGAGCCUCCGUUCAUUAUCGGUACGCUUGUGCUCCUAGGAGAGGUGUUUAAAGCUCGUCCUGGGCUGCGCUCCAUGAUCACGGACCCUGAGGAGGAGGGUCUCGAGCACUUCCACGAUGUCGUGGAGGAUGAGGCACCUGGCGCUGGCGCUGGCGCUGGCACUGGCGAUGAGUCUGUCACGCAAGCUACUUCCUACGAUGGCCGUAAGCGAGAUCCGCGCUUUGCACAUGCUGGUGAUUCAGCCCUUUGGGACCUGCUGCCUCUUUUGCAGCACUUUCACCCGUCAGUGAGUCUGAACGCCCGGCAGCUGUUGGAAGGCGUAAAGAUCACUUCGACGGCGGACCUUACGCUGAACACACUCAUGCAUUUCCUCGAUCGAUUCGUGUUCCGCAACCCGAAGAAGCAUGUGAGUCUAAAGGGUACCAGCAUCAUGCAGCCGGCGCUUGGCGGCGAUCUGCAGGAUGAUGUGCUCGUCCGUCGCACAGAUGUGCCCCUCGACUAUGUGAACCAAGCCAGCUUCUGGUCGCUGCGUCCGGAACAUGUUCCGGCAGACCUGCGAUUCUUCCACCAGUACUUCCAAUCGAAGCUGAAGCGCUCCCAGAAUGAGCCUGAACCCGUCUCCAAGGCAAAACUCGCGGACCUUGAAGACGCUGAAUUGGGGGGCGAACUGGACGAGCUAAGCACUGAUGACGAAGAGGAGAAAGAAAUCUGGCAGGCCAUGAAAGCUUCUAUGCCCAAGCACGAGGACACGGAGGACCUGAGUGAUGAUGACGAUACGCUGGCGCAGCUCGAGGCCGAUACUGAAUUGGGCAUCGAGAACGAGGACGAGGAGGACGAGGACGAGGACGAGGACGAGGACGACGCGUCUAAAGGAGACGAAAGUCUCCUCUCGAAUGAUCAGCAGGCGUGGUAUGACGAAGAUUCUGGCGAGGAAGAUGGGGCUAUGUUCUUGGAAGACGAAGAUGAUCUCGUGCCGUUUACUAACUUUGACGAGGAAUCGACGCCGGUCGCUGGCAGGAAACGCCCGGCUGACGAGACUGAUGAUGCACCUGCAAGCAAGAACAAGGGACGUACAGCACAGCGUCAAAAGCGCCGUGCGUUGCCUGAGUUUGCCAGCGCCGAGGACUAUGCUCACAUGCUCGACUCAGACGACGAGGGCAAUUAG